AUGUUUCCUUGGCGUCGACGUAAGCAGACUGCACCAUGGCGGCGAAACCAGAAGCAAAUUCCCCUCCAACGAUCGCCAUGGGCUCGUGAGUUCUGGCCUUCUGCUAUUCCUUACUGGAGCAUAUGGGGCGGCUCCCUACAUUCCUUCCUACGGCCGAUGGAUCCCGAGUUAUGGCCAAGUCAGAUGGCCGACGUUAGAUCUGGGCCUUACGGAAUGCAAUUGCCCCAACCAGAUAACGCGUGGCUAGACCGAUUAUUUGUAUCGGAAGAACUACAAGUUAACUUGACACAUGGAGUGCGGACAUGGCAAGUACCUGUCCUUCAAACUCGGCCUGAACCGUACUUGGAAAACGACCGGAUCCCUCGAAACGAUGCAGAUGCUGGCUGGGAGAAAUAUCAUAAAGCAAGAAUCGAUAUAGACGAGUCGACGUGGUUAGAUUGCUUCAGCAGAAACAGGUGGCUCGAUAUGAAAUUGGAUUGCACAGCGGAUAUCGUUGAACCCUCUCCCGGAUUGGGACAACACUGGAACAACUGGUGGACUGUAGACAAUGACGUUAUUUGGAGGGCCCUUGGUGUGUCGAUUGAAAUUGCAAACAGAAUUCUACUGCAGCUGCUGAAGGAUAGAAGUACUUGGCUCGAUGCGCUACUAUUUCAGCCUGUUGAGUUUUGGCGCAACCGUGACGCGCAUAUUAAAAACUUACACAAGCAAGAUUCCUGUUUCGACCCUUGGAUCCUCGAGCAGAAAACAGACUCGAAUAUGUGUCAGACCACAGAAAAGCUCACCGAACAGCUUGAGAGAUACCUCGCUUACCAUCUAUGGGGCUUUUUUGAUGAAGAUAGAAAAGUCAUGGGGUUUGGCGCUACUUAUGCUUGGUGGUUGAAAACGCAUAGAGGUGGCCAUGACCACUAUCCUGUUACCAUGAGCGCGGUAUCAGUUGGCUAUCUUCGUGCAUUGUGUUCAGGCAGACUGUCCAUCUCGGAAAAAUCAAAUGUGCAGGUAGCUUUGGCAGCUACGAUACUACAUGAGCUAAUUCAUGCUCUUUGGAAUGGACGGGCUAUGGCAGAAUUCGGCCAAAAGGUAUUAGAACCGUACAUGUACCCGGAGAUAGUGAAAGAGUUAGGUCAAUCUUUCGAGAAUCACUGUGUCGGAGGUUUAAUGGAUAUCAACGCGGACGAUGCUGGUGUAUACAGGUUUAACGGCAGAACCUUGACUUUGACAAUGGCCGAAUGGCCCAGUCGCUAUUGGACCAGCCAAAGCGAUUUACCUACGGAGUUGCUUGGAAUCCCAGAGCUCUAUUCAAAUGUUUUUCUCAUUCCAACAACCUGGAGUUCGGCCUUUGCUACCAAUUUCUUCUGGGACCAUGUAGUGCCAGACUUCAACGGUGGCAGCCAAGCGAUCCGAGCGCCAAGAAUCUUCCGAGCUGAGCAGUCUCACACGUGGCAUUCGUUCGGGGGGAAAGACUUUCCUGCCAAACGCAUGCGACUUCCUGCCCUUGACUGGUAUAGUAGCACGUGGGAACACUUACAUCGGGAGUGGCAGCACCGAAGGCGGACAUGGGAUGAAUUUCGACUUUGGUAUCAAGAGGAGUACGAAGCAUGGGCUGUGACUCCUUGGAGCUCUGUGCUAUGUCGAAUAAUUUUAGAGUGUUUUGUUGAGGCACAUAACAAAAGAGACCUCCCCAGAUGUGUUGAUCUGGCAAGGCAAUUUGUCAGCCUCGAGACAUUCUAUCUAACAACACUCCAACAAGGAAUCCACUAUCCCCUUCCAUGGAUAUUCAUCUCGCUUGGACAUCUGAUGCAAACAACAAUUCCAAAAAUGGCAAUGGACCAUGUUACAGUCAUCCCUCUACGUAAUGGCUUGCGACUGUAUCCAGAUCGCAGUUGGGGAAGAGGGGGGAGGGGGCGACCAAUUUGGUUAGAUACGACAGAUUGUGAUGCUCACCAAACUGAGGGUGUCAAGGAUCCGAUGUUCAACCCCAGGCAAACCGAUGCGAAGGUAGAUGUGCUCGAUCCUGCUACUAUUUAUCCCACAAUCUGCUUCAGAGAAAUCACGAUAGAAAAGAGCAACUGGCAAAACUCAAUACAAGAAUGGAAGAAAUGGAAACAAAUAUGGGAUGCGGAACUGAAUUUACACCCCAUGCCUAAGGCUUGGGAAGAAGCUAUUCUUUGUCUGUCAAACACAUUACUAGCUGUCCUUAAUAAAAGGAAAGACAUCUCAAAUUACGCACCCAAUCAAUGGAUCGACUUCGACUUUCAAGUACCGUACUAUGAUAACGAUCGGAAUUGGAUGCAGCAUGUACAAGGCUCCCUCCAACCCGAAGAACGUUUGGUCAACCCUCCGGCAAGUCCAACAAACAUAGCGACGCGUGACUUCUACAGGAGUGGUGUGUUUCCAGAACCUACCGACCCUCCAUCAGGUCCGUAUUAUAAGAGGAGAACACCUGCCAGCAAAUCCGCAACGAAGAGAAGGAAAGUAAUGCCUGUAAUGGAGGGAACACCCCAUAUCAAAUACUAUACAAUUGGCGAUGUUGGUAAUCGCCUUCAUUCAGGUCCAUCCACGUGGGUUGUUGAACCAGAUGGCAACUCUGGGUUUGAUGUGUAUGACAUAACAGAUUCUUGUCACAGGCGCGGAUACAGAACAGGCCAGGACAUCCGAGCGAUGUUGCUCCAUGUGGGAGUGUAUGGCGCUUCAUUGAGAACGAACGGAAACAAAUACACCAGCACGGUAAAGCCAUGGUUACAAUCACUGGUACAGCGUGAUCCCGCGUUCCAUGACCUGUUAGGGUCAAGAGUAAGUCAAGACGCUGAAGCGAUUCGUGCAGCACUCGGUAGCUACAUCCAUCCUCUUGGCAAACUCUUGAUGCCUAGGCGACAAGAGGAGAUUGCGGAAUAUGAUGGGGAGGAUGGCAUGCCGUUCUGGGUCACAAUAGGCGAUACUGUCUACAAUCUGACAAAUUUCGAUGCUUCGAAAAGGGAUCUCGAUACACUUCGUCAUCUCGCUCAGCCAUCAAAAUAUAAAGCAAAUAUGGACCUAACGAACAACGCCAGGAUGAUGGAGAAGUUGAACCCGUAUAGGUGUGCCUUCGUGCAGAAACGUCCCGUGAAGUUCCUGCCCACCCUUCGCACUUUCACUAAGGACAGUCUGAGGCAAUCAGACAAUCCCUUGUGCGGCUGUUAUACCAGUAUUGGAGGCUACGUUUACAAUCUGAAAGACUACAUCGACCUGCACCCUGGCGGUCGUGAAAUUAUUACCAAAUACCUCGGAAGAGAGGCGACAGACUUUACCGACUGGCAUGACUUGGGUAUAAUGGAACAUUACGAGCAUCUGCGUGUUGGUCGUCUAGUACCUGAUAUUGCUCCCGACACAGUUGAGAAACAUCAAGUUGUCAUCCACAACUGGGUGUUUGACUUUUCUGGUCUGGCUCCAGACCAGUCCAAAGAUGAGGCCGAUCAUUGGAUAUAUGCGAACGUUAACAAGCUUGGAGGAACAGAUGCUUCGAAGGCUAUCGAAACAUACGAUGACGAGGGAGAUGCUUUAGAACGUCUGUAUAGGCAGAAAGAUCGUAUUGUAGGAAAGGUCCCCGAGAAGCGGGACCUUCCAGAUAUUCCGCGUGGCGAAGUGAAGAAGCAUAAUGAUUCUGACGGCUUCAGGCAAGCUUGGGUGGUUUUCGACGGGCUGGUCUACAAUGUCACCAUGAUCAUGCUUCAUGGUCAAUCGUUCUAUGCGCACGAGAUCCCGAGGAUAUGGGCAGGCGCCGAGAUCAAAGAUGCAGCACUUUCCGCGUGGCUCAAGCAGGAUUACUCGCACCUGGUAAUCGGAAAUCUUGUCGAAGGACCUGCCUGGCCAGAGCCAACUCCGGUCGACGAUGCAGAAGUGGAAAGAAAGAGGCGCACAGCAGAGCUUGAGAAAUAUCGACGUUACGAUAACAUUCCGGAUGAUAAGAUUGUGCCAGCGGAUAUCCGAAAAUGGAUACAGACGAUGCAUCCGACCCCUGAGCAAGUACACGACAAAAUAGCAGAGCGGCGCGGAGAAUUUGAGGACAAGACUCCCCAGUAUGAUGCUGCUGAAGGUCUGAACCGCCUUGCUAUGCUUCAAGUUGAUGAGGGCAUCGGUCUUAGCGCGGAGCAUGAAGGUGGCAAGAGAAAGCGUGGUAGUGCUUCCGGACAUUCUCAGGAGCCGCGCCCACGCAAGAUUCGAUCGCUGCCGACCAAGUUUGGGUCGCCUGUCAAUGCGAACCUCUGGUCAUCUCAUCCCGGACCGACGGGAAAUUUCCACACACCUGCGUAAUGCUCAUCUAUGACAGUUUCUACAGUUGGUAUAGAACACUGUUUUGGUGAAGGAUAGGUCUGAU